AUGGCUGCGACCUCUGCAGGACGCAUUGUUGGUUUAUGUAGGCAAUUUCAGCGUUGUGUAUCAAUAUCUUCAUCUUUCAAAUUACAGCAGACAGAAUAUUCUUCGUCCAGAUGUAUUAGUCUCUCACACAGGCUGACCUCAUUCUCUCCGGUUGUGAAGCCGGUGCACUAUAGACUUUUCCACACAUCACAAAGCCGAAAAGGCCUGGAGGAGUUCUUCGAUCUUCCAGAGAACUGGGGCGAAGCGCAUGUCAAGUCUGGUGCCCCAUGGACAGGAAAACAGCUACGGGCCAAAAGCAAUGAGGAAUUACACAAGCUGUGGUAUGUUCUCCUGAAGGAGAAGAACAUGCUGCUCACCAUCGAGCAGGAGUCGAAGAGGCAGCGCCUGUCCAUGCCCAGCCCAGAGCGACUCAAGAAGGUGGAGCGGUCGAUGAUCAGGCUGGACUCUGUGGUGCAGGAGAGAGAGGGAGCACUGCGCAUGCUGCUGACCGGUCAGGAGAAGGGACGGCCCGGGGCCUGGAGACGAGACGUCUUUGGACAUGUCUACUGGUAUCGCUUCAGAGAGCAUGCCAGUCCCUGGCACUUGAACACCCGCUACAAGAGGAAGCGCUUCUUCACUCCAGCGUUUGUUGAACCAUAUGUCAGGCGGCGACUGGAGAAGCACCUGCGCUCGAAGGUCAGGGAGGAGCAGUUGGAGAAGAAGAAGCAGAAGAAGCUGGCAGAGCGCUUCCCAAAAGCAUCGGCGCAGACGGCAUGAGCGCCUCCAGGACCAGAGGCAGCAGACCCACACCCCUCGGCACACCCAGACGAGACAUUCUCCAGCCUCUGACCCGGCACACCCUCCAGCCAGCAACACCAGCCCUUCCCAGGGCCAGACUUGGCUGUUUUGAGGUUGUUUACGCCAGACCUGUGGAGCUCAAGACCACUGUAGCACAUGACCGUGUGCCAGUACAGCCUCUAAUAAAACCCUGUCGGCACGCCAAGCUAAAGCUUCUCUGGCCUCUGACCCGGCACACCCUCUAGGCAGCAGCAACAGCUGCUCUUCCUGGGCCAGACUUGGCUGUUUGAAAGGUUUACUCCAGACUUCCAAGGCUUAAAACCACUUCAUCACAUGACCAUGUGCUAUUGCAACCUCUAAUACAAACUUUUCUGUGACCAGGUGGUCUUAUAAAAAAAAAAAAAAAAAAAAACUUUUCUGCCCAGAGGCUGUGGUGGACUGGGCUGGGCUGAUGCAGCUGGGGGUCAGGGUUAGUGUGUAGAUGUUAAAUGGAGCAGAGAGUUAUCCGUGUUCAGUCAUACCAGUGAAAAGAGAAACAUGUUUAUUGGAGUUCUGUCUGAUGUGUGAUAUGAUCAUGAGCAUCUAAAUAAAUACAGGUGACUUUUUGUACAACA